AUGAACUGCACCAUUCAAGUCAAUAAUGUCUUCGGUCCAGCAGUCUCCUCGACAUGCCAAUAUGGCUUUGACUUCACUCUACUCUUCGAAGAAGUCUUCCUUUGUAUCGUACCCAUUGUGGUUCUGUCCGUUCUUGUUCCCCUUCGUCUACACCAACUUCUGCCUCGGAACAAGGUAUUUCGACCUGGGAACUUCUACUACACCAAAUUGGUAUUUCACGCGUGCUUUAUCGCUGUACAACUCGUCAAAUUGAUUUUCCUGGUUAUCCCUGGAUUUGUGCCGAAGACGAGGGCAUCUAUCGCGGCAUCGGCUUUGACCUUUUAUAUCGCCAUUGCAUUGACCAUCUUGUCGCGUUUCGAACACCUGAGAAGUGUCAGACCUUCGGCGCUGCUUUCUCUGUAUUUCGGAAUCUCACUACUAUUCGACGCCAUCAGGGCAAGGACACUGUGGACUCUUCAAGAUAAUGUCCCCUUCGCUGUGCUCUUCUCAGUCAGCCUUGGAUUCGAACUCGCUCUGUUCAUCUUGGAGUCCCUGGAAAAGGAGUCAGGCUUUGACCGUUCUUAUGAAACUCUGUCCAGAGAAACUGCAGGUAAUGUCUUCACCAGAGGUCUCUUCUGGUGGGUAAACCCUCUUCUAUGGAAAGGAUUCAAACAUGUCCUGGACACGGAUAAUCUACCCCAAAUCGACAACGAGUUAAGCUCUCCACAACAUCAACAGAAGAUUUGGGCAGACUGGAAUGCUCUACCAACCAAAACUCCAGGCUCGCUCUUCAAGUUGCUCCUCAAGGAAUACAGGUACAGCUUGUUCCAGGGAAUGAUACCCCGGGCCGCCCUCACCGGCUUUACCUUUGCUCAACCUUUCUUGAUCACUAGAGUGGUCGACUUCGCUACGGAUCCGAAGGUGGGGAAGCUGGACCGCCAGUUCGGUAACGGGCUCAUCGCUGCCACAGCACUGAUAUACAUUGGGCUUGCUGUCUCCAAUGCCAAUGCGCAGCACAAAACAUACAGGGUUAUCACAAAGUUACGUGGAAGCCUCGUCUCGCUCAUCUAUUACAAAACCUUGACCGUGAGCAUUCCCACAGCCCAAGACUCGUCCGCCAUCACGCUGAUGAGCACCGAUGUGGAACGGUCAGGGACGGGAUUGAGAUACAUUCACGAAAUCUGGGCAAGCCCCAUCGACAUUGGCCUUGCCAUCUACCUUCUUGAACGCCAGCUCGGUCCCUCGAGUGCAGCGCCGGGUGUCCUGUUUCUCUUGUGCAGUGGUGCUGGACUGAAAGUUGCUGCGUCAAUGGGCGCACGGCAGCGAUCCUGGCUUCAAGCCAUUGAACGUCGAAUCAAAGCUACAUCCGAAAUGCUCUCCGCCAUGAAGGAGGUGCGCAUGGGCGGACUCUCGGCGCGGCUCGAAGGUGAAUUGGAAGACUUGCGUCAGAAGGAGAUAGAAAGCUCCAGGAAGUUCAAGAAUGCCUUGGCCCUCAUUGUCUGUCUAUCUUACACUACUGCUUGCAUGGCUCCGGUGUUCUCAUUCGGCAUAUUCUCGCUCCUUGCCCAGAAAAGUCAUGCUACGCCGUUGACGGGAGCACAAGGUUUCACUUCGCUGGCGGUGUUUGCACUACUUCGAACACCUAUGGCUACACUUAUUGAUUCAAUCGCUGGACUGGUAGCAUCAAUUGGGGCGGUGCAGCGAAUCGGGGAAUAUAUGGCCAUAGAGAGUCACAUAUUGCCUCACAGCAACUCUAUGGCAUCGCCGUCGCCACCACCGUACUAUCCGUACGACCGGGGUGGAACCGAGCGAGCUUACGACUUGGUGCAGAUGAGGGAUCUCGGCAACUCGGUGUCUAGCCCUCCCUUGUCUUCUGAUCCGCAUCUGGUGGUAGCCACGAAAUGGGACGUUGGAUGGGCAACAGAUAAGCCAUUCGUGCUUCACGAGCUUUCCUUUUCCAUUCUGCGAUCAUCUCUCACAUUCAUCAUUGGACCUGUGGGUUGCGGCAAGUCGACACUCUUACAUGGUCUAUUGGGCGAAACGACGGCAACCCUUGGCGACCUUUAUACCACAUUCUCCAGCUGCGGUUUUGCCAGUCAAUCUCCCUGGCUAGUCAGCAACACCAUCCGCAACAACAUCGUUGGAUCUAGUGCGUUUGACGAAGCGUGGUAUAACACCGUCAUUGAUGCAUGUGCCCUGCGAGAAGAUUUACUCCACAUGUCCAAUGGGGACCUAGAGCUCGUCGAUGCUGGUGGAGGGAAUCUGAGUGGAGGACAACAAGCCCGAGUAGGUGUCGCUCGAGCUGUGUACUCUAGACAGCCGGUGAUCCUGCUCGACGACGUGAUGAGCGGACUAGAUGCAAACACGGAGAACAGCCUCUUCAAUAACUUGCUCGGGCCUGAAGGGCUCCUCCGCAGACAAAAGACCACCAUCAUCUUUGCCACGAACGCGCUUCAUCGACUUUCCGCGGGCGACCAUAUCAUUGUGCUUGGGAGUGAUGGCAGAAUGCUGGAGCAAGGCCCGUUUGCUGCUUUACACUCGACAGAGAAGGACCAGCAGGCCGAUGCUAUUGGAAGCUCGGGCUCGGAAUUCGAAGAGGUCACACUCAAGCCCAUCGAUGCUGAGAUGCGAGGCCUGCUACAGACCCUAACCGGUAAAGAGUUGGAAGGGUCGCAGAGACGCACGGGCGAUAUGACCGUGUACAAGUGGUAUGCACAGGUGGUGGGUUACAUGAACUUUGCAAUCUUUGUUGCAUUAGCGUCGCUCUUCGUCUUUGCUCUGGUCUUUCCACAGUACAUCGUCAAGUGGUGGACUGCGGAGAAUGUACAUCACCCGAAUAGGGGACUAGGAUACUACUUGGGAGCCUACUUUGCACUGGGAUGGGUUGCCAUCUUUUCCCUGGGCACAGCAUGUUUGCAACUGGUUGUCAGGAUGAUGCCCCGAGCCUCCUCGACAUUCCACACCGCACUGCUCCGCACGACAUUGGACGCACCCUUGUCACUGUUCGCCGGAAAUAACUUGGGCACGACGGUCAACCGGUUCAGCCAGGAUCUGCAGCUCAUUGACAUGGAGCUUCCACUUGCAUUGUUCAACACCAUCGUCGAACUGUUGUCCUGCAUUGCCCAAUGCAUAUUGAUUGCCAUCACGUCAAAGUUCAUCGGCGCCACGAUGCCUGUCGUUCUCGUCGCCUUCUUCCUGAUCCAGAAAUUCUACCUCAGGACAGCCCGACAGUUGCGUCUCCUCGACAUCGAGGCCAAAGGGCCUCUGUUCUCGUCAUUCCUGGAGACCUUGUCGGGCCUAGCAACAAUACGAGCAUUCGGAUGGGAGAACGAGUACGAACAGCGGUGCCAGGAAAAGCUUGACACGUCCCAACGGCCCAGCUAUCUUCUCUACUGUGUUCAACGAUGGCUCAAUCUUGUCCUUGAUUUCGUCGUGGCUGGGGUUGCAAUCGUCGUCAUAUCCAUUGCCGUCAAGACAAAAGGCGACAGCAGUUCAAGUUUGAUUGGGAUUGCGCUGGUGAAUAUCGUCAAUUUUAGCGUCAGCAUCAAAGCUCUGCUGGAGAAUUGGACCAACCUUGAAACAUCGAUCGGUGCUGUAUCGCGCAUCCGAUCGUUUGUCAAAGAAACCACAUCAGAGCACAAAGCAUCGGAAAGCAGCCCACCUCCGCCUAACUGGCCCUCUGUAGGCCAGGUGCAGUGGAAUAAUAUCACUGCAACCUGGGAAGGCAAGUCGACACCGGUCCUCAAAGAGCUCACUCUAAGAGUCGAACCCGGCCAGAAACUGGCCAUCUGUGGACAUAGCGGCAGUGGCAAGUCGUCUCUUGUGUCGGCUUUGUUACGUCUUCUCGAACCGCAGCAAGGCGCGAUUUUCAUUGACAACCUAGACAUUUCCACGAUACCUCGUCAAAGCAUUCGGCACGGCCUGAACUGUGUUGCACAAAGUCCAUUCCUGCUCUCUGCAUCGAUCCGCCAAAACGUCGACCCGUUCAGUGUUGUAUCCGACGACGACAUCCGGCAUGCGCUGUCCCAAGUCCAAAUGCUAGAAGUUGUCGAAGACCUCGGUGGGCUGGAUGCUCUGAUAGACGGCGACAAGAUGUCUGUAGGUCAAAAGCAACUCAUUUGUCUCGCUCGCGCCACGCUUCGGCCCGGGUCGAUCCUCGUCCUCGACGAAGCAACAGCGUCCCUUGACCUGGACACAGACGAGCUCGUGCAAAAAGUUAUCCGCACCGCCUUUCAACGCCACACCAUCAUCGCAAUAGCCCACCGCUUGCACACGAUUGUCGACUAUGACAACGUGGCGGUUAUUUCCGACGGCAGACUCGCCGAAUACGGUCCGCCGUCCCAGCUAUUGGAAGAUUCAAAAUCUCUCUUUGCACAACUGUACAACGCCAGCGUAGGCCACGCCAAGAGCGAGCUCUCGCCAUCCCAGUCACGAGCAAAACCUGUGCAUCGUCGCAAAUCCUCGCGUAAAGGCGGUCUGCCAUGGAAAGGAAGCAUACAUAUUCCACCGCCACCAGAGGACGACGUGGACGGCGGCACACGCCCAACAGAGGCAGGUACCGCCGGCGAAGACGUGUAUACAGAUUGGGUUGCGGCGCAGGACUACUACGACGGCUUCCAGCACGAUGACGACGAUGGCGAAGGAGAGCAGCCGCUCAUUGCACCCACAAUCCGCGACGUGGCGCAGACGUUCGGUGAUCCGGUGUUCGAGUCCGCAAGUCAGCAUUGGACCAUGUCGGCACGCAACGGCACCAGCGGAUACCUGACUUCGCGGUAUGCCAGUCUGGCACGGCUCGACACGGUCCGCAAGCAGCAGCUGGAGAGCCAAAGGCGAGAUCGGGAACUACGGCGGCCCGGGGACCAACUGGGUCGCUUUCCCAGUCUGAGGCCUCGGAUGGACCAUGCAUCGUAA